AUGCCUACAAACUCGCCGCACGCGUUCCAGCCUGCCGUCUCGUCGCCACUUUCACCCCGCAGUGUUAAUAUCUAUGGCCGACGACCCAUGUCGAACGAGAACGCGAAAUCUACAGACUUGGCGAUUCCAGGAAAGAGCACAAUAAUCACGAAGCCGACGCCCUUCUCACAGCGGAAUACCAAGAAAGCGCCCUCGCCUCGCUCUGACGACUUGCGUGUACAGCGCAGAAAUGCCUUUAUGAAGAAAGUCAGAGAUAGCCGCGAUGAUCGAAGAUACGAACUACGAGAGGAUGAUAUGAUGCGCCUCGACUACGUCCGGCAGCAACGACAAUGGCAGGCCGAUCAAGCCCGCUCUGCGCCAAAGUUACGCGAAGAAGAUUACGAAGAAACCUUCGACACCACAGGCGAUGCAGAUUUCGAUAUGCAGUCACUACCGUCAAGCUAUCAGGUAGUCCCACACGAAGACGAGGUGGAUCAGGUGUUGCAAAUGGAGGACGAGGAGCUGGAAGCCCUACUUGAGCACAUGCCAACGAAUAACUACAAUGACAUGGAGACACAGAGUCAGUGGUCGGAGCACUUUGGAAGCGAUGACGAGGAUUACGAUGUAAUCUUUUCCGAAAUGUUGAGUCAAAGCUCGCUUGCGGACGGUGGAAACCUGCCGGCUUCCAGCCAGCCAAUGCAGGAUGUGGACGAUAUGGAUGAGAGCUGA